AUGGCGGCGACCGGUGGCGCCAAGCUUCUAUCAAGAGCAGGUAAGAACUCGCGAAUAAAUCAAUAAUCAGAGAACCACGAACAAAUGUUCAACCAAAGAUGGCGAAUGAGCGAAAUGAAAACAAUGCCCUGACCUGUUCACCGGACGUACUACCUUGUCCCGGACCUGCUGUUUUCGACUCUCUCUACUGCACCUGCUGUCUCGACCUCUGAAUGCUCGGCUAUGAAAAGCCAACUGACAUUUACUACUGAGGUACUGACCUGUUGCAUCCUCUACAACCACUGAUUACUAUUUGACCCUGCUGGUCAUCUAUGAACGUUUGAACAUCUUGAAGAACAAUCUGGCCUUAAAUGGCCAUGUACUCUUAUAAUCUCCACCUGGCACAGCCAGAAGAGGACUGGCCACCCCUCAGAGCCUGGUUCCUCUCUAGGUUUCUUCCAAGGUUCCUGCCUUUCUAGGGAGUUUUUCCUAGCCACCAUGCUUCUACAUCUGCAUUACUUGCUGUUUGGGGUUUUAGGCUGGGUCUCUGUAUAGCACUUUGUGACACCUGCUGAUGUAAAAAGGGCUUUAUAAAUACAUUUGAUCAUAGAACUUCAAAUAAAAAGAUGACAUCCUCUGAGAAGCACUAUUACACUGAUCAGAGGAUGCAUGUUCCAUAACGUGAGGUUGACAGCUGUAAUCUAUACUGACAGUUGUGUUUUGAAAUAAAGCUACAUGUCUUUGGAUAGACUUUAGACCUAUGGGAUUGACAGGCUUGACGGCCUGUCAGGUGGGUUCAGCCUUUGGCAGAUGUUAACAAACAUGGGGCGCCUGUCCUGUCUGUACCUUGUAGAAGUGGCCCUUGACGAAAUAUCUAGGAUCAGUACUCUCCCCCUAUCCUAACCUUUGCCAUUAGGGUGGAAACCAGAUGUACUAUCCUUAGAUCCGUUUCUGGGAAAGGCUGACAUUUGCAAAUGCUGUCUCAAUUUGCAUUGAGUUGAUUAAUACAGGCCUCAUAUUGAGUCAAAUCAAUCAGUGUCAAAUUCACCUGAUUUUCACGUGACUGUUCCAUUAGUUAAGCUGCCUGCAGACCAUGAGUGGAUGAGCUAAUAUUUAAUGAUAUGACUUUCUAUUAGAAACUCUCUUGGAGAGUCUAUAAUGGAAUGACUGUCUGUAGUCCAGAGCCAUAUACUGUAGAUGUCUGGUGUGUCAUAGUUCUAUUUUGACUACAUUACGCCUUAUUGGCUUAUAACAUUAUCUUCGCUCUGUAAUUGGUGCGUGUGUACCACUGGAAUACUCCACAGGGACCCACAAGCAGUGCUAUUAGGAUAUCAUGUACUAGAGGAGAGCACUGUGUCUGUGUUUGUUUAUGUGUGUGUAUGUAUGUGUGUGUGUACUUUGUGAGUGUGAGUGGGUUUAAAGAUAAAAAGUGAUAUACUGUUUAGCAAUUUUCAUAUUGGGCAAUUUAGGUGUUUUGUUUCCUUUGUAGUCUGAUUAUCUGAAUGUGUGUCUGUCUCUUUCCAGGGUUGGGGGGUUUCCUCCAGAGGAGGUGUGGUCUGUGGGGUUGUGGCUCACCCUGGGGUGUCCAAUCCCAGCAGCACCGGCAGUUCUUCUGGAGGAAGUGGAAGAGCUCUCACAGUGUAGUCAGACAGGCUGUCAUCAGACCAGCCUACUCAGUGCCCAAGGUAGGUACAGUAUGUACUCAAUAUUUACAUUUUAGUCAUUUAGCAGACGCUCUUAUCCAGAGCAACUUACAGUUAGUGAGUGCAUACAUAAAAAAAAAAUGUUUAUACUGGCCCCCCAUCGAACCCACAACCCUGGCGUUGCAAACGCCAUGCUCUACCAACUGAGCUACAUCCCUGCCGGCCAUUCCCUCCCCUACCCUGGACGACGCUGGGCCAAUUGUGCGCCGCCCCAUGGGUCUCCCGGUUGCGGCCGGCUACGACAGAGCCUGGAUUCAAACCAGGAUCUCUAGUAGCCUUAGACCACUGCGCCACUCGGGAGGCCAUCACUGUCUGGCCUUUCUCCUGCAUUUCAAAGAUAUAAUGUUUAAUUUUUUUUAACAGAUGUUUAUUUGAUUGUAUUAUCUUUUACCAGAUAUAAUGUGUUAUAUUCCCCUACAUGAAUUUCACAUUUCCACAAAUUCAAAGUGUUUCCUUUCAAAUGAUAUCAAGAAUAUGCAUAUCCUUGCUUCAGGUCCUGUGCUACAAGCAGUUAGAUUUGGGUAUGUCAUUUUAGGCGAAAAUUUAAAAAAAGGGUCCGAUCCUUAACUGGUUAAUUAAGGACAAAAAAUAAACACCACCACCACCAUGCUUGACCUUUGGUAUGAUGUUCUUACUGUGGAAUGCAGUGUUUGGUUUUCGCCAGGCAUAAUGGGACCCAUCUCGUCCAAAAAGUGGACUCAAGUUUGCCAAAAAGCACCUGGAUGAUCAUCAAGACUCUUGGAAGAAUGUUCUAUGGACAGAUGAUUCAAAAGUAUAACUUUUUGGACGACAUGGUUCCAGUAAUGCCUGGCGAAAACCAAACUCUGCAUUCCACAGUAAGAACAUCAUACCAAAGCUCAAGCAUGGUGGUGGUGGUGUGAUGGUUUGGGGAUGCUUUGCUGCCUCAGGACCUGGACGACUUGCCUUAGUAGAGGGAACCAUGAAUUCUGCUCUGUAUCAGAGAAUUCUACAGAAGAAUGUCAGACCAUCCGUCUGUCAGCUGAAGCUGAAAUGCAGCUGAAUCAUGCAGCAAAACAAUGAUCCAAAACACACAAUCAAGUCUACAUGAAAAUUGCUAAAAAGCAACAAAUUGGAAGUUUUGGAAUGGCCUAGUCAAAGUCUAGACCUAAUCCCAAUUGAGAUGUUGUGGCAGGACUUGAAACGAGCAGUUCAUGCUUGAAAACCCACACGUCACUGAGUUAAAGCAGUUCUGCAUGGAAGAAUGGGCCAAAAUUCCUCCACAGCGACGUGAGAGACUGAUCAACAACCACAGGAAGCAUUUGGUUGGAGUCAUUGCAGCUAAAGGUGGCACAACCAGUUAUUGAGUGUAAGGGGGCAAUUACUUUUUCACACAGGGGAAUUGGGUGUUACAUAAAUUUGUUUAUGAAUAAAUGAAAUAAAUAUGUAAUUGUUGUGUUAUUUUUUCACUUAUGUUCCCUUUAUCUAAUAUUAGGUUUUGGUUGAAAAUCUGAUAACAUUCAGUAUCACAAAUAUGCAAAAGUAGAGAAAAUUAGAAAGGGGGCAAAUACUUUUUCAUAGCACUGUACACUCUCAAGCAGUCAGUAAACAAUACACCGAAAAAUAGAAAACACAUUGUUCAAAACAUACAGUUCUCAGGGAGAAGUACAUUUUAAAUCUCAAAACAAAUUUAAUAUUUUUCUGUCAUUGUCUUUUGAUGAACGAAAACAUGUUCUAUCAUAGUAGCUCAAAAUUGAUCAGAAAUUACUACUCUGCUUUGCUCUUUGCAAUUUUGUUUGUUGUUCUUCCUCCUCUUGUACCCCUAUUUUUACAGUACUGUACCCUGCAUCUCACAAACUUGUCCUUUGUCUCUGUGAUACUGUAAUUCUUGUUCUUUGUUGAUAUGAACCUGCAACCAGUCAAAAUCUAUUGAGCAGUCAGUACUGUUAACAAAUGGAAAGCACAAUGUUCAGGGCCAUACAAUUUGUCCAUUGUACAGUAUACAGCCUACAAUGCACUGUACUACAGUAUACAAUACUAAAAGGGACAAAAAUCAAAGGAGUAAACAUGUGAUCAAUGUGCUUCUUCUUGUCUUUGGGCUGGGUCAGGCCAGAGCACUUCGUCGACAUCACAAGCAAUAUUGUCCCUCCUGAGGCAACGGGGGAAGAAGCCUCUUGUGUGCCGUAUCCAGCCCUGACAUGAUUCCUCACCUAUAUCACCACAGGCUAAAUCCAUGGCUUGCAGCAGAUUUACUCUGGUGUAGGGUUGUCUAUCAUACACUUUCCAUCUCCAAGAGGAGAAAAACUCCUCAAUCGGAUUCAGGAAAGGCGAGUAUGGAGGGAGGUACAAGUUCAUAAACUGCCCAUUGAUGUAAAACCAUUCCCUUACCUGAGCAGCUCGGUGGAAACUGACAUUGUCCCACACUAUCACAUAGGUGGGAAUGGGAUUCUCAUUUAGCUCUUGACCCUGCUGCUCUUGAACCUGCUGCUCAAAUAAAAUAUCUCUUAGAUUGGCAAUAAAUCUUAGAAGGUGCUGGGUGUUAUAUGGCCCGAGUGUAACAUGGUGAUGUAGAACACCAUGGUUGCUGAUAGCAGCACAGAUUGUGACGUUGCCACCUCGUUUACCAGGGACUUCAACAAUGGCCCGCUGUCCAACCAUGUUUCGGCCUCUCCUUCUCCUCUUUGUUAGAUUGAAGCCUGCUUCAUCGACAAAGAUUAACUCAUGGGGUCUGUCCAAGGAUUCCAAGUCAAAUAUUGUCUGUGUAGAAAUACAAUAUACUGUAUGUAGGAUUUUGUAAGUCGUACAGAGACAGUGCUAUCCUGUAGAGUACAAUUAGGCCUACUGUAUGCACUUCUGAUUCACAUACAUUGUAUGUACUGAAGAGUAAUGUCAUUCACAUAGUAUGUGUUAGUACUAUAGACAAUCUGGAUUACAGUAAAUGUUUCUGAAUGUACACUUACUUGCACAUACUGAGCUCGCAGUUCUUUCACCCUUGGUGAGUUGCGCUCAAAGGGUACUCUGUAUACUUGUUUCAUUCGCAUCCUGUUACGAUGGAGGACACGGUCAAUUGUGGAAAUGCUCACACUGUCGAUUCCCUGGAAGUGUGUGUUGUCUUAUAUCACUCGUUCCUGGAUUUCUCUGAGUCGUAUUGUAUUAUCUUGAAGGACCAUGCCAACUAUAAUGGCCUCUUGCUCCCGAGUGAAUAUAGCUGUCCUUCCACCUGCAUGUGGCAGCCUUGCAAUUCUUCAUGCAGUACAAUACAUACAGUGAUUAACUUUUUACAAAUGUCUAUUGAAACAGCUGCAUAUAGUGUAGUACAGUACAUUUGCAAUUACAAAAAUACAGUAGUAUACUGUACCUGUUCUCUUCUCUGAAUGUCCUUACUAUGGUGGACACAGAAAAUCGUCUCAAAUUGGGUUGCACUCUAAGUCCUGCUUCCCUCAUUGUCAGUCCAUGGACAAGAACAUGGUCUAUGACUGUUGCUCGAAUUUCAUCAGAUAUUUCCACUCUUUGUCUUCCUCUUCCUCUUCGUCCUCCUCUUCGUCUUUCUUGCCCUCCUCCUCCUCUUCCUCCUCGUCGCCCACCUCGCAUACACACUCGUCCUCGUCCUCUCACAUUGUUUCUUCUAUCCAUUCUCAGACUUUCUCCUUCCCACCUUCAACAACCUGUUUGCUCUCUGAACUGGCUUAUAUUGGUUGUGUUGCAUCAUUUGAAACAGGUUAAAUAAAUGUUGAGUGGUUGUGUUCAAUCAAUGACAUGUGUUCUCUAUUUGUAUUUGAUUGUUGCCACUUGUGUUUACCAGUAUGGAUGACAUGUACAUUAGAGUGCAGAAUGUGUUUUGAGAAUGUGUUUAUAGUUUUGCUGAAAAGUCUUAAGUGAGAUCUGCAAAUUGUGUUUUACCAUGUGAAAUGGUUUAAGGUAUUGACAACAGACUGCAUAAUUAGCUAAAUUAGUCCAGGCAACUGAUAACUUUGUUCAGCCAAUGGGUUUUAGUGUUUUAGCAAUUGAGAAAAACUGUAAUAACGUCAUAUCUUUCACCUCUGACUCCCAGAUUGGCAUGAUGACAGAUGAGAUAGAUUUCAUCGUCCACCAGGAGACGAUUCGUCACAACGCAUACCCCUCCCCCCUGAGAUACGGGGGGUUCGCCAAAUCAGUCUGCACCUCUGUCAAUAAUGUGGUCUGCCAUGGAAUACCUGACACCCGGCAACUGCAAGAUGGAGACAUUAUCAACGUUGAUGUGACUGUGAGUUUUACCCCCUUCACACACACACACGGCACGAUCCACUGUUCCACAUUCCUUACCCCCCUAACCCCUUCUUCAGGUCUAUCUGGAGGGUUACCAUGGUGACACCUCAGAGACAUUCCUGAUUGGCUGUGUGGAUGAGGUGGGGCGAAAGCUAGUGAAGACAGCCAUGAAGUGUAGAGAUGAGGCCAUUGCUGCCUGUAAACCUGGGGCUCCACUGUGUGUUAUAGGUAACACUAUCAGGUACACACACACACACACACACACACACACACACACACACACACACACACACACACACACACACACACACACACACACACACACACACGAUACCUCUGUUGUUUUGUAUAAGCUACUGUCCCUCACUUCCUCCUACAGUGAUAUAGCCCACUCCAAUGGUUUCCAUGUGUGUCCCUACUUCAUUGGACAUGGCAUAGGCUACUACUUCCAUUGCCAUCCUGAGAUCUGGCACCAUGGUAAGAGUUGGUAUCUCACAGCAAUCCUAUAGUUUUAUAUGGUCCCACUCAUUCACCAUUACCUAGAGUUAGGGUUGCAAAAUUACAGGAACUUUCAAUACAUUCCUGGUUUUCCUGAAAUCCCGGUUGUAGGAAUAGGUAGGAAAUCCGGAAUCCUCCAACCAGGAUUUCUGUAAAACUAGGGAAUGUAUUGAAAGUUCCAGGAAUUUUGCAACCCUACCUACAGUAUAUUGGACCUAAAUAUAACUUUCUCAUUUAUCUGACAGCUAAUGACAUUUACAUUUUAGUCAUUUAGCAGACACUCUUAUUCAGUGCAUACAUUUUUAAUUUUUAUACUGGAAUCGAACCCACAACCCUGGCGUUGCAAACGCCAUGCUCUACCAACUGAGCUACAUCCCUGCCGGCCAUUCCCUCCCCUACCCUGGACGACGCUGGGCCAAUUGUGCGCCGCCCCAUGGGUCUCCCGGUCGCGGCCAGGAUCUCUAGUGGCACAGCUAGCACUGCGAUGCAGUGCCUUAGACCACUGCGCCACUCGGGAGGACAAAUGACAAUGAUAUGACCAUGGACGAAGGGAUGACUUUCACUAUAGAUAGGUCAGUUACAUUUCCUAUGUCUAUCAGUGUAUGUUAUAGGAAAACUCAACCCAAAAACUAUCUUUUGGUAUUUGUUUCAUUAGUCCAAUGUUGAUAUAGUCCCAAAAUGUUUUGCAUGUCAGCAGUCAAGUUUCCAAGAUAUAUAACUUUCAAAAUACAGAAAUACAGCCAUUAUGAUGCAUUUUACAUCAUUUGAUGAAUAGGAGUGUGUGUAUCUAGCUGCAUGUGUGUUAAAGGGAUAAUUUGGGAUUUUGGCAAUGAUGCCCAUUAUCUACUUCCCCAGAGUCAGAUGAACUUGUGGAUACCAUUGUUAUGUCUCUGUGUCCAGUAUGAAGGAAGCUAGAGGUAGUUUAUCGAGCCAAUGCUAACUAGUGUUAGCGCAAUGACUGGAAGUCUAUGGGUAUCUACUAGCAUGCUAGCAGAUACCCAUAGACUUCCAGUCAUUGUGCCAAAAUCCCAAAGUAUCCCUUUAAAGUUAAAUCUGUGUAUGCAGAGCCCAUAUUGAUGGAAGGAUCAUCAGAGUUCAGAAUCCUGAAGGACAAGUGGACAGCAGUGUCUGCAGACGACAAGAGGUAGGCCACUUACAGCCUACAUACGACUGACAUAAAGGGUUAUAGCCCAAAGUGUCACUGAUGCCCCCGGCAUAACCUGUGUGUGUGUGUGUGUGUUCAGAUCACACGGUAAUCAUCACCUCUGACGGUGUGGAUAUUCUCACCAAACUACCCGAGGAGGACGAGCCAUCACCAAUAGGAGUCUAA